GCGCUGUUGUUUCUCUGCGAUGUUGUUGGUCAGCUGUUAACUUUCAAGGUAAAAUGACAGAGAAUUUAGUGUUUUAUUCAGAAACCAAAUCCAUCAUGGAGACCGCCAUUAAGACCGCCAUUGAUGUUAUCGGAAAUCCAAAUGAAGAUAAUUCCACCAAACAAAAUGAAAGGCGUGAGCCAGAUUUUGACAGUAUUGUGGAAAUGUUGGCACGGGAGGCAACGAGAAAGAUCAACGCCGUCUUCUCCCAGCUGUCCUCAACGCUGCUCAACGACAACAAGACUCUGAAGACCGAAGUGGGACGGCUGGAGAGCGAGCUGAAGACUGUGACCGGAAACUUUGAAAAUGCCAGAAUGUGGAGAGAAAACGUCCUGAACGGCUGCCCGGUCCUGUUCGAGCAGAGCGGGUUGAUCCUUACCUUGAAGCCGUUUGGAAAGUUAAUAAGAAAAACAGAUAAAUUAUCAGAGGGAGAAGCAUCGCCUGCUGCUGGGAUGCAGGAUGGACAUGAUGCUGAUGGUGGAGAGGAAACAGAGGGGAACUCUGAAGCAAAGUUGUCAACAGCCGGUAGACAAGACACCGCGGACGAUUGUACAACAACAAACACGGCAAAAUCCAAAAACACUGGCAGCCAAAGCACGCAGGAAGCAGGAGUCAGGAGGAAAGGGAAGGUCUUUGUGUGCGACGUCUGCAACAAGAGCUUCAGCCGGCAGUUUCAUCUGAUGAAGCACAUGAACACUCACAAAGAACAGAGGCCUUUCGCCUGCGACCAGUGCCCGAGAAAAUUCAGGAAUGCGUCGACUUUUGAGCUCCACCUGCUGCGGCACGAGGAGAGAAAGUUUGCUACCUUCGCGUGCGAGCUCUGCGAGAAGACGUUUAAAACAAAAAUGCGCCUGAAGGCUCACCAGCUUGUACACACAGACACGAGGCCGUUCAUCUGCUCCACCUGUGGGAAGGGCUUCAAAACUCAACGCAACCUCAAGGCUCAUCAGGUCGUACACACUGCUGAAAAGCCGCACAAGUGCUCAGAGUGCGGGGAGAGUUUCAGGUACGCGUUCACGCUGCAGUGCCAUAAAAGCAUUCACACUGGUGAACAUCCUUACAAAUGCACGGUGUGUGGCAAAGCUUUUGUAAAGAGGAAAUCGCUAAGGACGCACCAGUCGGUCCACAGAGGGAAGAUGUUUACAUGUGAGACGUGCGGAGCUGGGUUCACCCUCCAGCACAACCUGAACAGACACAUUCGUAUCCACACGGGUGUAACACCGUUCAAAUGUGAGGUCUGCGGGAAGAGUUUCAUUCAGGACAACAAGCUGAAAGCACACAUGCUUCUUCACGGUGCCUCAAAGUCGUUCAUGUGUGACCUGUGUGGAAAGACUUUUCUUUACAACUGCCAGCUUCAGAAACACCAGAAAGUAACUCACGACGAGACACACGGGCAGGUAAUCAGAAGGCGAACUCGAGAGCGAGGUAACCGCAGAGUUAUCUACAGACGGGACCGAACGACAGUAGAUGUGACGCCGUUCAGCUGCAAGACCUGCCGCAAGAGCUUUGACACCGAGAGUAUGCUUAAAAGACACGAGCUCAUUCACACAGGUCCGAUGCAAUACAGCUGCGACACCUGCGGGAAGUCCUUUUUCUACAAAGCUACGUACGAAUACCAUCAACGGAUCCACUCGGGAGAACGGCCGUUCGGGUGUGACGUGUGUGGGAAGAGGUUCAUCAUCCUGCAGUCUCUAAAGUCCCACAAACUGCAGCACUCGGGGGAGAAACCGUAUAUAUGCGAGCUGUGCGGCAAGGCCUUCAGGAUCUACACCAACUACCUCAGGCACUCACGGAUCCACACGGGGGAGAAGCCCUACGAGUGUGAAGUUUGCGGGAUGAGGUUCAGGCAGCUUGGACACGUGAAGUUUCACAUGCAGGUCCACACGGGAGAGAGACCCUAUUCCUGCAGCAGCUGCGGACUCGGAUUUUCAGACUCAAGGCUGUUCAAGAGACACAACUGUUCUGAGAAAUACCAGAAAAUGUUAGGAAGCGCACUUGCUACUUUUGUCAGAAUGUCAGAUCUGGAGGCGCAGGUGGGCGCCGUUUUGGAAAUAAUGGUCAACGCGACUGUUGCAGAAAUGACCAAACUUAUCGGCGGCUGCGAUUCAACACAUGCAGAAGUGUCUUCAUGCGUGACUGAAAGCACACCUGGGUCCGCGGACGGAAAGGUGAUCCAGUUCCGUGUCUUCAUGACGUCUCUGGCUCGAGAAGCUGUGGAGAAGAUCUGCCAGCUUUUCCACGAAUGCUCUUCUCUGCUGCGGUUAGAAGCUAAACAGGGUUUUGCAGAGCUCGAGGACCUGAGGAGAAGGCUGGAGGUGGCAGAGAAGGAGCUGAAGCUGGUGCUGGAGGGCAGUGGAAGCCAGAAGGAGGCAGAGGAGCUGACGGAGGGAGGCAGCUCACUGAAGGAAGGCAGGAGGGCUCCGGCUAAAGCAGCACAAGGAGAGACAGUCCAGAGCCAACGCUCAGGGAGGAAGAGUCGCAGAGUCGUGGCUAGUGGUGAUGGCAGAGUGAAGCGAUCACCAAUAAUUCACCUGUGGAAAGGCAGAACAUAUGAGGACAGCGUCCAGCCUGUGAUUAUAAAGGAGGAAGGAUUGGAGGCGUUGGCUGACCAGGCGUCCUCUGAUUCCGGUCAGUACAGAGAUGACCCGGGCCAGGAUGAUGGCGAUGACCCAGACUACCAGUUGGAGCCAGAAGAUCCAGAUGACGGGGACCCAGGAUACGCCACCAGACCUAAACGCGUUGUAAAGCCCAAGUCUCAUCGAGGUCGAGCGAAGAAGGAGAGUCAGAACCAGCAGCCCCUGAGCUGCAAACACUGCAGGAAAACCUUCACCAAGCUGCUGCAGCUCAAAGCCCACCAGGCAGUACACGGGGCGAACGCAGAGAAGCCCUUCCACUGCUCUCAGUGUGACAGGGGCUUUUCAUUCCAGCGAAGCCUCAAUGCGCACAUGCUGCUUCAUACAGGUGAGAGACCACACACCUGUGAUGUUUGUGGGAAGGGUUUCACCCUGAAGCAGCUCCUGAGGAACCACCAGCGUCUCCACGCUGAGGUCCGGCCGUUUCGCUGUGAAGAGUGCGGUAAGAGCUUCUACCGAGCCCACGGACUGAAAAUGCAUCAGAUGGUCCACACGGGAGAGCGGGCUUAUAACUGCCAGUACUGCAACAAAAGCUUCACAAUACAAGGAAACCUACAGCGACACCUGCGCAUACACACAGGGGAAAAGCCUUUCAGGUGCGACACCUGUGGCAAGAGCUUCAACCAGGCCGACACUCUGAAAGGCCAUCAGCGGAUACACACUGGUGAGCGUCCCUUCAGCUGUGAGACCUGUGGAAAAUGUUUCAUCCAGAAGAGUGCCCUGAAGAUGCACCAGAAGACCUCUCACUCAGGGGAGAACCCGCUGGCAUGCGUAGCAUGCGGCACUACGGUGGCCUGUGUGGACUCUCUUCGUAAACACCUCCAGACGCAUGCGGCGAGUAUUCCGUGUACGUGCGUGCUCUGCGGCCGGAGGCUCAGCUCCAUCACCGACCUGCGCUCACACCAGCAGCACCACACGGUGGACAGGCCUCACAGCUGCGAGCUCUGCGGGAAGAGCUUCAAGUCGUCCAGUUACCUGAAGAUUCACCUGAAGACGCACAGCGGCGAGAGGCCCUUCUCCUGCGACAUCUGCGGUCGCAUGUUUACACAGCACAGCAGUCUUAAAUCACAUCAGGUUGUCCACACAGGAGAGAAACCGUUCAGCUGCGACACAUGUGGGAAAAGUUUCAGCAACACGGGCAACCUGAACAGACACCAGCGAAUCCACACUGGGGAGAAGCCGUUCAGCUGCGACACGUGCGGACGCAGCUUCAACCAGGGCAACAGCCUGAAAGCCCACCAACAGAUACACACCGGGGAGAAACAGUUCAUGUGCGACAAGUGUGGGAAGAGUUUCUCCUACCUGAGGAACCUGAAGGACCACAAGUGUUUCUACGUCUGAAGCUAAACUGUGAGGACUUACCUGCCCUGGUGCAAGAGUGGAUUGGAGAAGCUUCCCUGUAGCUGUUGAAGAAUAAAGGAAGAGUUUGCGGUGAACUUGGGUUUUGGUGAUUUAUAAAGUUGGGUUUUCCCAGAUUUGAAUUGUUUCACUGUGAAGACAUCCUCAAGGAAGGAUCGGGGGAUAGAUGCAGCGUGGAGUUCAGAAGAGUGAACAGAUAAAUUAACAAUCUUUGGUUGAAGUGGAAAAGGUGGAGAUACUGUGUACACUAUCAUGUCAUAUCUGACACUAUUAUCCAGACAGACUCUCAGUGAGUGAAACAGGUACAGCAGCUUGAAUAAGGUACUCUUAAAACGGCACUUUAGGGAGUGCGUGUAAGAAAGAACUGCUGGUAAACAGUCACAACUAAGGAGAGCAAUCAAAGGUAUUUGGUGAGUUUUAAAAGGAACAUGCCACCCUAUAUUAAACACAGACAUGGACACAGGAAAGACAAAAUGCAGCAUGCAUCUGUGGGAAUAACUGAAAAUGUGCAUUGCAGGAGUAUCAUGGUAUCACUGGAGGGACUCGCAUCUACCCAGAACCUUUAAGUUCUUUAUCUGGGUGCAUUUGUAAGCAGAGUUUGCUGGCAGAUGUCCAGAAAAGUCCAGAUGAAAGUUUUUCAAGCUUACAGUCAGCUUAUUAACUUUUUUCACCUUGUUAUACAGAAGUACUGGUAUAAAAUCAACCCAUAAUACUCUUGCAGCUGAGUAUUACAACAAAAGGCCAACCGAGUUAGAGCUAGAAGUGUGUGAACAGACUUCUCAUUAAAGAUCAGAUGUGUAGGCUUCAAAAAAAUACUUAAACUGUCCGUUUAAAUUAAAUGUUUUGACACAGUGAUCAGUGUGGCAAAUAGAUUUAAAUGUUUACAAGCCAUUUUCAUUAUUUUCCAUGUUUUACUAGAGGUGGCACCUUUUUAUAUACAGUCUAUAGGUGGCACAUAAAAUAUUACCAGCAGCCACAAGUGAAAUCUAGCAGCUGAAAUUUAGGCAGCUGUUAAAUUAUAUUCCUGAUCUAAGACUAUAAAAGUGUGAAUGACACUGGAAUGAGCUUAUUUCCGGAUUGUUAAACAACAAAACAACAACAAACAAAAGUUGUAAGACUGAUAUUUAACCAACUUGAAGAGUGCUUUUCCUGUAUUAUUUCCAAACAUUGUUUAAGAUAAAUAAACAUGACAUUACAACAAUGAA